AAUAUGGGUAGGUUAUGAAUAAAAAAAAAUAGACCACCGAAUGAACCAGAUCCCGGAGGCAGGUUUUUGUCAUUUUUGUACACAAAUCGACACUGAAAUCUGUUCAAUUUGAGAAAUUUGAAGGAAUUGGCAGAAUAAGAAACAGGAAUUGGGGAUGAAUUAGGAAAGAUUAGCGUUAGCGAGCUAAUAGGCGAACUUGGGUGUUUUGUGGGAGUCGGUUGGGGGGGAACUCGUUGAUUAGAGCAGCUCCGUGAUUUCACACGCUUCAAGUUGACGAUUUGUACAGAAUUCUAAGCCAAACGUUUGGGUUUUGUAAUUAAAAAGCAAAAAUGCCUAUAAAACUGACCACUCAGGCGUACUGUAAGAUGCUACUUCACGCGGCUAAGUAUCCCCAAAGCGCCGUCAACGGACUGCUGGUGGCCGAGAAGCAGAAGGACAAGAAGAAAGAGGGCCAUGGUGUCCCAGUCCUGUGUGUGGACUGUGUGCCUCUGUUUCACGGCUCUUUAGCUCUGGCACCCAUGUUGGAAGUGGCUCUGUCUCUGAUCGACACGUGGUGCAAGGAAAACAAGUACGUCAUCGCUGGUUACUAUCAAGCCAACGAACGUAUAAAGGAUGUGAGGCCGAGUCAGGUUGCUGAAAAGGUGGCUAUGAGGAUCUUAGAAAACUUCAGCGAUGCAGCCAUGAUCAUCGUGGACAACAGCAGGUUUACAAUGGGCUGCUCUGCACCAGCUCUUUCCAUCUACGAUCAUUCUGAGAAUAAGUGGAAGUGCAGAGAUCCGAGCAUAGACCCGUUCGAGGACUGGCCAGAAGCUCAGAAGAUCACAGCAGCCUUGCUGGAGAACAGAUCCUAUGAAAACCUCAUAGACUUUGACAACCAUCUGGACGACCUCAGGAACGACUGGACGAACCCGGAAAUCAACAAAUCCGUCCUGCAUCUGUGCUGAACCCCGGCGUCCGGCCCAUCGAAGCCCUUAACGCCACCACGGCUCACGUUCUCGUCACCGUAUUCUGAUCGACACGUGUAGGAGGGACGCUCGGCGAAUGGUGCGAAAACGGUUGGAAAUUUCUCAAGCGGGACGUUGAGCGUGCCGAAAAAAGAGCAGCGUCAAGUUCAUCCAACCUUUUAGCUCAUCCACUUGACACACAGCUUUUCAUUUCCAUCGAUCGAUCACUGAUUAGGGAAAAUUACCUUCGAUCACCAAACCAUGACACGCUUUUCAUUUUCUCAUCAAUUUAUUGACAAAAAUCUGUUUUUUACAGCCUGGAUGAUGUUUAAUAUUAAAAAUUACUGAUUUAAAGAAUGUUUUUUUUUUUUUUUAUUUUUUUUUUUUAAAUAUAUUUUGAGAUCUUUAAAUAAAACAAUAGCAAUUAAUUUUUAGUAGGUGGUGUGUGUCUCUGUAGGUGUGGUCUCACUGAGACGGUGUAUGAGACGAUGUCCACUCUGAAGUUUCGAUUCUGUGACACACACGUGAUUUAAUAUAUUAAAUCUGUAACGUAGGGAAGUUUUAUUAUAAACCAGUUUGUAGCUCUGCCAAGUUUCAGGUUUAGAUCAUUAAAGCCCAUCUUUGUGUUUGGAAAAAAAACAUUUAUAAGAGCAGUGAUCUUUAUGGAUGACUGACAGGAGAGUGUGCGUGUGUGUGCGCGUGUGCGCGUGUGUGCGUGUGUGUGUGUGUUCUCAUGCGAUUUCAAAUUGAUCAUAUUGAGCUUUUGUUAAACCUAAUGCCAGAAUAAACCAGGUUUAUAAACAA